UGUAAAUUGUAAUCAUCUGUUGUAAACAUGUUGUAAAAUGCAAUGAACAUUUUGACAUAUAAAAGAUAAAGAAAUUGAUUUUUUUCUUAAUUUUGUACAUGAAAUGAAAAUACAUAGAUUUUAAAAUAAAAUCAUAAUGGAGUCGGAAUUUUUAGAAAUUAUGGACGAAAGAAAAAAUGCGAGAUGUUUUUCUCGAGAAAAAAAUCCUCUAGAACUAGCACUAAAGUUUGGAUCCAUCGUGGAAAUUCAAGAUAUCCUCCGUGAAAAAUAUGCAGCAACAUUAUCACCAGAAAAUGAUUGGGCGAAGAAAUGUAGACAAAUUAUAAAUAUUUGUCUGGAGAAAAAACUUAACGUUAACAUGAAAAGCACAUAUUAUUUUGCUUUAUUACAAUUUGUGAUAAAACAUCUCGACGAAGAUUUUGAAUCAGUUUUCAAGAAAUGCGAAAAAUUUGAUAUAAAUACUUAUAAUGAUCCAGAUUAUAUGUUCGAUACACUGUUCGAGACGUCUUUACUGCAUUUUGCGAUAAAAAUAAGAAAACAGAAUGUAGUGAAAGCUUUGAUAGAAUUCGGUGCAGAUGUCGAUGUAAAAGACGACCGUGGACAAACACCUCUAUUUAACGCCGUUCAAACUAAACAAACAGAAAUAGUAGAAUUGCUUUUAAAAGCGGGAGCGAAUGUUAACGCGGAAGAUUCUAAUAAUAUGAUGCCAAUUAAUUUUGCUUUUGGCGAAAGAGAAGAUACUAGUAGCAAUGAAAAAUACAAACCCUCGAAGUUGGUGACGCUCUUGUGCUCAUAUGGAGCUGAGUUAAAUUUCAAAACCAAUGGUGGCGGAAAUACGUUGGUUGCUGCUUGCAAAAUUGGCAAUUUAAAAGAAAUAGAAUUUUUAAUUGAACAUGGAGCUAACUUAUUCACCUGGGAAGAUGACUAUAAAUCGGCAUUAGAUAUUGCAGCCGUAAAAUAUAAUUACAAUCUUAUCGAUUUUCUAUUAUGCAGAGGUUUUAAUAUUAAUUAUUAUAAUUGCGAGGGGGGAAAUGUUAUUCACCACCUGUCACGUACUGUAGAAAACAUUAUAUCUGCGACUUAUCGUAAUAGAGACAAUUCCUAUGAAGCUAUUGGUAUCGAUUGGAAUUUAAAUUUUAUAGGUGACGAAGUGAAAAAAGCGGCAGAGAUGAUAGAAUUUUUAGCUGAUAAUGGCGUAGAUGUAAAUACUUUGGAUGAUGGAAACAUUACUCCUCUAAUGAUAAGCGUUCGUUAUAAUGCUCUUGAAAUUACCGAAUGCCUUUUGGAAUUGAACGCCAUAAUUUACAAUAAUGAAGAUUAUCCGAAUUAUGAAAGUUACAGCAGUCACAUAAAUGCAGAAUUUCAUUCAGAUAAAAUUACUACGUGGAAACUAUUAACAGCAUUUUUAGCACUUAAAAAUUUCGAUAUUAAAAGCUAUAGUUGUUCACUAUAUAUAAAUUUUGAAUGGGUCUUUUCCUUUUAUGAAAAGUGCGAAGAAGAAGUAUUUAAAAUGGAAGAAAGAAGAAUAUGGGCAGAUCGAGAAGUUUCAUUUUUCGACUUUCUAAAUGAAGAUUUGUUGAAGGUGACAAAAUAUUUCAGAAAUGAUGAUGUAAUGUCUGUUUUGGAAUCUGACACAUAUGACGAAUUUCCGGAUUACAGAUAUUUUUUUGAAAAGCGUAAAGAAAGGGUUGAGAGAAUGAAAAAUUGUCAAAAUGUCUUUAUUCGUUUUCUGAAAGAGUUUUUUAAGAGAAAUUUACUAAGCGUUGUAAUUGAAAUAAUGAAUUACUUGUCAGCUGGGGAUCUUCGCAACUUUGGAAGAGCGGUCUGCAUAACGAAAAAGACACCUAAUGGAAACUAUUUCGUUUAAAUAUAGUUCAUUGUUUAUGAAAAAUAAUUUCAUACAUUAUAACAAAACAUUCACGUUAAGAAAAAGUAUCGUUAUUGACAAUAUUUUUCUAAUUUUGUGUUUAUGUACUAUUGAAAAUUUUGUG